AUGCUGCGCCAACCAGCCUCACGCUGCCUGCGGCCGUUGCCGCGGCGUCAGCAAUUAACGCAAACCCGGACCAUUUUCUCCCGCCGGAGCAGAGCUUCCCCCGGCCGCGCUAGGGAGGAGCUCAACGUGCAGCGGCUUGCCCAGGAGAGCCAUGACUACAAUCAGAUGCGCCGGACCUUCCUGACCGCAGGGGCUAUAGCAGGCAUCAUCUCGUUCGUCUACACGGCUUACAAGCUCAAGGUGGCUAUCGACAACCAGCCGGCGAAGCUCGAUUCGACACUCCCUCCAAGCGACCCCCUCCUCGAUGGCGGGAACAGAAAGGUCAUCUUGCAUGACGAGCAGGGCCGUGAGCUCGUGCCGACGGGCAACAAAACCGUCGAGUUCUUUCCAAGAACUAUAGAUCUGCCCACCGUAUCCGAGAACAGCGCCUCGUCGGUGCCUUCCGAUCCGCUCGCCCCUCCGGUUGUCGUGAACCCUUCUCCCACCCAACAGACGACAGAGUACACACUUGUCGGGCUGGGAACGCGCUCCGUGACAUUCAUCGGGAUUAACGUCUACGUUGUCGGCUUCUACGUCGCGACAGCCGACAUCGCCGCCUUGCAGUCCCGGCUUGUGAAGCGUGUGAACCCGAUAGCGACGACCCUUGUGGCAGGUGAGAAGGGCGACCUGCACAAGGCCCUGCUCGACCCUGUCGAGGGUGAGGCCAUAUGGAACGAGCUCCUACGUGACGGCAUCCCGGCCCGCUCCGCCUUCCGAAUCUUGCCCGUGCGUGACACAGACUUCCAUCACCUGCGGGACGGCUUCGUGCGGGCGAUCCAGGCCAGGUCGGACAAACUUCUGGAUGAGGCUGGCAGCAACGCCGGAGGGGAUCUGGUCAAGGCGGACAAGGAUGCCUUUGGAGAAUCGAUGCGCGCCUUCCGCCAGCUCUUUAACCGUGGCAAGGUGCCCAAGUCAAAGGAGCUGCUGCUGAUACGAGAGGACGGCGGCAGGUUGAGGGUGGUGUAUGAUGAUGGCAAGAACAGGGAGGUCAUUGGGACCGUGGACGACGAGCGGGUCUCGCGCGCCUUGUGGCUCAACUACCUGGCUGGCAAGAAUGUGGCUAGCGAGCCAGCGAGGAAGAGCAUUGCCGAUGGCGUCCUGGAAUUUGUUGAAAGACCGGUAGGCACUAUUGCCACCCGAGUUUUGUAA